ACUGAACAUAACAUUAGUUAAUGAUCGUUGUGAUUAUCAUGAUUGUGACUAUCGAAUCUCUCUUCAAUUAUUGAGUCAGAAUCAUUAUCCAAACAAAACCAAAACGAAAACCCCAAGCCAUGACUGACGAGAAUGGCAUCCCGACUCGAGUUGGCUGCUACGAAAUGCUCAAAACUAUCGGGAAAGGCAAUUUCGCCGUUGUCAAGUUGGCUCGCCACACAAUCAUCAAUCUAGAGGUAGCCAUCAAAGUGAUAUCCCGCAAAUCGUUGGAAGCCGACCAAUUACGCAAAUUGAAUCGCGAAAUCGACAUCAUGAAGCGCGUCGGAUCGCAUCGCAAUAUUGUCCGGCUCUAUCAGGUGAUGCAAUCCGAUCGACAUGUCAUGCUGGUCACCGAAUACUGCGAAGGCGGCGAACUGUUCGAACAUCUCAAAAACAAAGGAGCCAUGUCCGAAUCGAAUUCCCGGUUCUAUUUCCAUCAAAUAGUGGACGCUGUAAAAUAUCUUCAUUCGAACGGAAUCGUUCAUCGUGAUCUGAAAGCCGAGAAUCUGUUGUUCACAUCCGAUCUUCGUUGUGUGAAAUUGGCCGAUUUCGGUUUCUCCAAUUAUUAUUCGAACCAAUCUUUCCUGUCCACCUGGUGUGGCUCACCACCAUAUGCAGCUCCGGAACUGUUCGAAGGCAAGCAAUACAAUGGCCCUAAGGCCGAUAUCUGGUCACUGGGUGUCGUUCUCUAUGUUCUGGUUUGCGGCGCACUUCCCUUCGAUGGCAACACAUUGCAAUCGCUCAAAACCAGGGUUCUUUCCGGCAAAUUCCGCAUACCAUUCUUCAUGUCGCUGGAUUGUGAACACCUCAUCCGCCAUAUGAUGGUGAUCGAUCCGGAAAAACGAUUCACCCUGAAUCAGAUCAAACAACAUCGAUGGAUGAUGUCUCAACAGCAAUCCCGCCAUCAAUCAAGCGAAUCGGAAAAGCUAAGUGAUAGACUGAAAAACGUCCACAUCGACACCGAUGACAACGAUAACAGCAAUGAUGUGGAUAACUCGUUGGUGGAAUGGAUCGCAUCCGAAUUGGAUGUCGAUGCGGAAACGGUAUUAUCAUCGAUCCGAAACCGUUGCUUCGAUGACCACUACGCACUGUACAGUCUUGUCAAUGAUUCUAGUCAUUGUUCGGCAACUUUAUCGGCCCCGCCUUCACCACCACUGUUACCGAUCGUUCCGUCCACUAAUCAACGUAAAUCAAGUAUUACUACCGGUAUUGUUGAACGGGAACCAACGCCCACCAGUCUGGCGCCCACUGUUUCGCAAGUUCGUCGUCACACUUGUCCCGAUGCCAAUGCAUCCGACAGUCAUGGUGUUCAUGGUGGUCCUAUCCAUGGUACGAUGGUCACACCGACCUUGUUUCUCACGCCGCCGGCCAUCACUGCACCAACAACCAUGGCUCCUCCAAUGUGUAAUCUUCCUCUGGCACCUCCCAACUAUCCGUUAACUAUGGAUCUAUUGAAACCGCCACCGGUACUGUUAUUGGCCAACAACAACAUGGUUCGACGAGCAUCCGAUGGCCAGGCCAACUAUGCGCGAACCACACAUUCGGAUGGCCCAACAACAUCAUCAUCACCAACGUCAUCGUCGCCGACAGCGAAAUCGACCACUAACAAACCGAUCGCUUCACAUGCACAAACAUCACCUCCAAUCAGCUACAUCAAACGCAAACGCCAUUCACUCACCGACACCAAUGAAUUGAUUUCCCGUCAACGACGAAUGCAACUUGCUCAGGCCAAUCUGAACGCCGAAAGAUCACGGAGAAGAGCCUCGGAUGGAUCGACGGCCGGCAUCUUCAAUCAUCAUCAUCCUCAUCCUCAUCAGCAACAGAUAUCGAUACCAUUCUUGCAGAAUGAAUUGAGAGCUCUGUGUGUAUCGUCGCCACCAUCGUUACACGCUUCGCCGAUUCAUGGCAAUCACCUUGCAGCUGGAGCAAAACCCAAUUCAUCGACCACAUCAUCAUCACUGCCACCGUCAUCGCCACCUCUAACCUUGCCUCAGAUCAGCGAAGAAAUCCACAAAACUGAUAUCCAACAACAUGAUGCUACGAUGCUAAUGCACAACAAAUCAAACAACCCGCAUCCAUGCAGACAUGCAACUGGUUCGUCAGUUCCGUUAAUCACGCCUCCUCAGUCAUUCAGAUCGUCGCCAGUCACAUCACCCAAUCACGCCACACCAUCCAUAUCGGUGACCGAUGAAUUGGGAGCCUCACAAUUCCCCAUCCUUCCGCCGCCGAUCGAUUUCCAGUUGGCCAACUCUCAUCCCAAUUUGGAUCAAGAUUCCAACGUCAGCAGCAAGGUGACUGCCGCCGACCUUCUAUUCAAUCGUCUGCAUCGUUGGCGCAAUGAUGAAACAUUGGAAUCAGCUGCCAAAUGCAUUAUGGAUGCGAGCCACCAUUCGCAUCAAGCGAUAGCCAACUAUCCUUCAUAUCCCAAUCUCAUCAACGACGAUCAUCUUUCCGAUGCCUGUUUCGACAGCCAACAACAACAACAACAAUCGCCAUUCUCGCAUUACACAAGCGUACCGUGUGUGCUGAACAACAGCAAACAACUGACCACCACCGAUUCCGGGUCGAUAUGCAUCAAUGACAGGAAAACAGCGGCCAAAUUACUUAGUCAUUUUGGUCAUGACCAGCAUCAGCUUACCAAUUGUCGACAACAUCACGUCCUCAAUUAUGGCCACACUCAGCUGCAUAUUUCCAUCGAGUGGAAUCAGUUACAGCAGAAACUUAUUCUCAAACAUGUUUCCGGCGAUGCCUCGCAAUAUCAAAAUCUUUGUCACGAAUUGAUAUCCACCAUCAUCUAACCUCUCACCUCUCACCCCCAUUCACAUUCACACUCACCCCACUUGAAAGCUGUGAGCUAAUCAAUCAAACAAAAUUGAUGUUAUUUUUUGAUAAUUAAUAGGGA